UUUAAUUUGAUUAAUAAAAUGAUAUAUUUUAGGAUACAUCUUAUCAUAUAUAUCUUUUUUAUCUUGAUUUAUUCAGCAGCUUCAAUCACCAUCAACUUAACAAAUAUUGGCCCGGAGAUUCAGAAUCACGAAAUUGUUACACAAGGUGAUGGAGCUUAUAUAUCUGACGAAGGAAUCCAACUUACACCAAACCGAAGCAAUAAAGCCGGACGGGCUACAUACUUCAGACCACUUCAUUUGUGGGACAGAACAUCUGGUGAGCUAGCAAGCUUCACUACAAAUUUCACCUUUGUCAUUGAUUCGCAAGGGCGUUCAUACUAUGGUGACGGCCUCACAUUCUUUCUAGCUCAGAAUAACUCUGACAUAUAUAUCGGUGGUUCCAUGGGGCUUCCGGUUAAUGGUAGCACAAUAAAUACGACAAAGCAAUUUGUUGCGGUGGAGUUUGAUACUUUUUGGAGCCCAUACUGGGAUCCAAGGAACUCUAGCAAUAAAUCCAUGGGUGACCAUGUGGGUAUAAGUAUUAGCUCUCUUAUAUCUGUUAGGUCCCAGAAAUGGUUAAGUAAUGUAAGUGGCGGUGCAGUCUGUCACGCUUGGAUCACAUACGAUUCGGUUUUAAAGAAUCUUAGUGUGUCUUUUACUGGUUUUCGAAAUAAUACUGUAGUUCGUCAAGAUGAGCUUUACUACAUCGUUGAUCUUAGGCAAGUGUUGCCCGAAUGGGUUAUCAUUGGGUUUUCAGCAGCAACUGGAUUUCUGUUUGAGAAAAAUAUCGUGAAAUCUUGGUCUUUUGAUAGUUCAGACCUGAAAAAUAGCAAGCUGAAACUGAACCCGAGCCCUGAUUCAGGGAAUGGAAAAAACAGGAAGUUGGGAUUAAUAGUUGGAUUAUCAAUUUCAAUUAUUAUUAUGAGUGUGCUUGCAUUCGUUUUGUGGAGAUGGAAGAAAAAGAAGAAGACCAAAAAUGCUGAAAAUGAAGGGGAGGAACUUGGAUUUGAUGUUGAGAUGAACAAGGAGUUUGAAAUGGGCACCGGGCCUAAAAGAUUCUCCUACCAAGAAAUAUGUCGAGCAACUUGUGACUUUGCAGAUAAAGAGAAGCUUGGAGAGGGGGGCUUUGGCGGAGUUUACAGAGGUUUCUUGAAAGAUUUAAAUACGUACGUUGCAGUGAAAAAGGUAUCAAAAACUUCCAAACAAGGAUUAAAGGAGUAUGCGUCUGAAGUCAGGAUUAUUAGCCAAUUGAGACACAGAAACCUGGUGGAACUCAAGGGUUGGUGUCACGAGAAACGUGAACUGCUGCUUGUUUAUGAGUAUAUGGAAAACGGAAGCUUAGAUACACAUCUUUUUAAGCCUAAGAGUUUGUUAACAUGGGGCCUGAGAGACAAAAUUGCACAAGGUCUGGCCUCUGCUCUGCUGUAUUUACAUGAAGAAUGGGAGCAAUGUGUUUUGCAUAGAGAUAUUAAAUCAAGUAAUGUGAUGUUGGAUUCAAGUUUUAAUCCGAAACUUGGUGAUUUCGGGUUAGCAAAGUUGGUUGACCAUGAAAAAGGCUUGCAUACAACGAUGUUGGCUGGAACGUUGGGUUACAUAGCUCCAGAAUGUGUGGUGACAGGCAAGGCAAGCAAAGAAUCAGAUGUGUAUAGCUUUGGGGUUGUAGUACUGGAAAUUUGUUGUGGUCAAAAACCCAUUAAGUACAAGUCUCAAGAUAACCAAAUAAGGUUACUAGAAUGGGUUUGGGAGCUUUAUGGGAUCGGGUCUCUUUUAGAAGCUGUUGAUCCAAACCUAGGGACGGAUUUUAAAGAAGAAGAAAUUAAGCGUUUGAUGAUCGUUGGGUUAUGGUGUGUGCACCCUGACCCAGAACAUCGGCCAUCGAUGAGACAGGUAAACGGAGGACAAAUACAUGCAUGAUGGAUCAUAUAUUCACGGAUUUUUAAAUUUAUUUCAUGUGAUCUGUGUUCAAAUUGACAGUUUAAUCAAUUACAAACGAAUUGUCGAUGAAGUUGAUCAGUAGCCAAUCUUCCUAUUGUAACGUUCGGGUCGAAAAAUUGUUGUGAUUAAACAU